AUGAAGAACCACCGACGCAAUAACGUCAAUGCCAGCGCUAUCACCGUCACAGAGUACACAAUGCCGUCCCCGCUAGACUGGUUUCAAAUCGUAUUCAUUCUAGCUCUGUACGGCUCCGGAGUCGCGUCGGCAUGGAUAACACCAGGCGACAACGCUUGGAAUCUGUUGACGCAGUACUUCCCCGGCGGCCCUGAAUGGGGACUCUGGUUCAUUCGCACCCUUGUAUCUUUGGUUGCUCUUGCUCACGCGCUUGAAGUAGUGCUUUUCGACCAGUGGCGCAUGCAGAAACAUGGGGUGAGGCGGUGGUCGACGCUCUGGUGGAUGUGGGAGAUAAGUUGCUUUGUGGAAGGCGUUAGGACGUGGAAUAGAAUCGACAAGGCGAUUGCGGACAAGAAGAAGGAAUAG